AUGCCCAAACCAACCCUCAUUUUCGCACCGGGCGCAUGGUACCCAUCAACAGCUUUCGACCCAAUCUUCCCCAAGCUAUCAGACUACAAGUGUCGCAGCAUCGCCUUCCCAUCCAUCACAAAAGCAACAGAAGUAAAAGACCUCGAGCCAGACACGCAGGUCGUGCGAUCUGCAGUGCAGGAAGAAAUCGACGAUGGCCAGGACGUCAUUGUGAUCGCGCACAGCUGGGCCGGACUACCCGUCAACAGUGCAUUGGAUGGACUGAGCAAGCUCGAACGCGAAGUAGCAGGCCUGAAGGGCGGCGUUGUCAAGCUCGUAUUCAUCGCGGCGUUUUUGCCGCAGAUUGGCGAGGGGCUGAUCGGCGCUUUUGGUGGGACGCCCCCGCCGUGGUAUGUUCUUGAUGAGGAAACAAACACUUUCACGGCGAGUGAUCCGCAUGCCCUCUUUUUCCAUGAUGUUCCUGAUGGCGCGGAUUGGGCGAAAUUGCUUCGGCCUCAUGCCUGUGCCACUAAGACUGCCCCUGCUACUGGGACGGCGUAUAUGAAUAUCCCUACUGCUUACUUGUUGUGUGAGGAAGAUCGCGCUAUUCCUGUGGCUGUUCAGCAGGUUUUGGUGGAUCGGGCGCGCAGAAGGGGCGCAGAGAUCGAGACGGAGAAGAUUCAGACUGGGCAUACGCCUUGGCUGGUUGUUCCAGAUCAGGUUGUUGCUUAUCUUAAGAAACAUACUGGGGAGUCGGCGUAG